UAGUAUAAAAGCAGCUGCUCUGCCCCCAUUAUUGUUACACAACUUCCAAAGCAUUUUCAUCAUUCAUCAUUCACUGGGAGCAAAACCCAGAAUCCGAUCAUUACAUAUAAAUGGCAGCCCCAAAUUCUUUUAUGCUCUCCCACCUUCUCCUCCUCCUUCUUCUUCUUGCAUUUUCCGGGAAGACGGCUGAUGCCCGCGCGUUCUUCGUUUUCGGGGAUUCGCUUGUCGACAAUGGGAACAAUAACUACCUGGCUACUACUGCCCGAGCUGAUGCGCCGCCGUAUGGGAUCGACUACCCCACCCGUCGACCCACCGGCCGCUUCUCCAACGGCCUCAGCAUUCCAGAUAUCAUUAGUGAGAAGCUGGGGAUUCCGGUGGCGGAGCCAUAUCUGAGCCCAUUGCUCACCGGAGAUAGGCUUCUGGACGGAGCCAACUUUGCUUCUGCUGGAGUUGGGAUCCUUAAUGACACUGGCUUUCAGUUUUUGAACAUAAUCAGAAUUGGGAAACAAUUGGAGUACUUUCAGCAGUACCAGAAGCGAGUGAGUCAACUCAUUGGAGAAGAAGGGACAAAUCAGCUGGUCAAUGAUGCACUGGUCCUCAUUACCCUCGGAGGCAACGAUUUCGUGAACAACUACUACUUGGUUCCCUUCUCUGCAAGAUCUCGCCAAUACUCUCUUCCCGACUACGUGCAUUACCUCAUUUCGGAGUACCGCAAAGUUCUACUGAAACUAUAUGAUUUGGGAGCAAGGAGGGUGCUGGUGACAGGAACAGGACCAAUAGGGUGUGUGCCAUCAGAGCUGGCACAGAGGAGCCCGACCGGGGUAUGUGCUGUGGAGUUGGUUCGAGCAGCUGGCCUUUUCAACCCCCAACUGCGCGAGCUCAUUUCUCAACUCAACAAUGAGGUCGGGGGCAACGUCUUUAUAGCGGCUAACACUCACCAAAUGAACAUGGACUUCGUCUCGAACCCCGCUGCUUACGGAUUUGUGACAUCAAAAAUAGCAUGUUGUGGACAAGGUCUAUACAAUGGAAUUGGCCUUUGCACACCAGUCUCAAAUUUGUGUCCAGAUAGGAGCUUGUUUGCAUUUUGGGAUGGAUUCCAUCCAACAGAAAAGGCUAGCAGGAUCAUUGUGGACCAAAUCCUGACUGGUACAAACGAGUACAUGAAUCCAAUGAACCUCACCACCAUCAUGGCCUUGGACUCUAGGACUUAGAAAUCAUUUAUGGCUGAUCAAGUUCCAUCAUUUUUUGUAUUGUUGUUUCGUCAUAUCAUGUCUUUUGUUCAUCUUAUUUUGUAGUUACUAUAAAUGUAUACAAAUAUUUAUGAGAACUAGAAGGUGUGAUUGAUGAUUGUAAUAAUAAUUGAAUAAAUAUAUGACUAUUUUGCAUUGCUAUUUUUAUGUUAUUAGGAUUAAUUAAUAGUUAUGUUUGGUUGCCUCUAAGAUCUGGUGUGAAUCGUGUGAUUGUAAAGUUACUGUGUUAUGUAGCUCAAAACAUGUAAAUAUGAGAUGCUUUAUAAUCCAAAUUUUAUUUUAUUUUCG